AUGGUCAAAGCACCUACAUCUGAAUCAAUUGCCCUCGGGCCACACAAACAGAAUGAUGCCCAAGAGACUACGCUUCAAAACACUGAGUCAAGCUCACUUAAACCGACAUGGAAAGAGAUUACUGUGGAUUUCAUAAUGAGGACCAAGAUCCAUGGUUUGAAGUUUGUCUUCUUUCCAGACAAGUCCAAACCACAGCGGGUCAUCUGGAUCCUGGCCUUCUUUCUUUGUUUCAGUCUCCUCAUCACCUGGUCCGGGAACCGAAUCCUGUACCUGAUGUCCUACCCUGCUAUCACUAAGAUCUACAUGGUGUGGGCUCACAACAUGUCCUUCCCAGCAGUGACUUUCUGCAAUAAAAAUGUUUUCCGUGUAUCCACCCUGACCAGGGAUGAUCUUUAUCACAGUGGCUACUGGAUGGACCUCAUGUAUCUUAAUCACACAGUGAUGGAGAAGAACCUGGCCAUCCUUAAGGACAACCACAAGCAGGGUCUCCUGAGGCUGCUGGAUUUCAAUAACUACACCCCGCCCCCUGAUUACCAUGUCAACACCACCGAGAUGAUGAGUCGGCUCGGUCACCAGCUGGAGGAGAUGCUGCUUGAGUGCAGGUUUCGUGGUGAAACCUGUACCCACAAAAACUUCAGCACUAUAUACACACGCUACGGAAAAUGUUACACUUUCAACUCUGGAUUAGAUGGCAACCCACUGCUGACCACGUUGAAAGGUGGCACGGGGAACGGCUUGGAGAUCAUGCUGGAUAUUCAGCAGGAUGAAUAUCUGCCUGUUUGGGGAGAGACAGAUGAAACCUCCUACGAAGCAGGCAUCAAGGUUCAGAUCCACAGCCAGGAUGAGCCGCCCUUCAUUGACCAACUGGGAUUUGGUGUGGCCCCUGGUUUUCAAACUUUUGUGUCAUGUCAGCAACAACUGCUUCAGUACCUCCCUCCGCCUUGGGGAGAUUGCAAGUCUACUCCCAUAGACUCUGAAUACUUCUCCACAUACAGCAUCACCGCCUGCCGCAUUGACUGUGAAACUCGGUACCUGCUGGAGAAUUGUAACUGCAGGAUGGUUCACAUGCCUGGAACCUCAACAGUUUGCACACCAGAGCAGUACAAAGACUGUGCUGACCCAGCUUUAGACUUUUUGGUAGAGAAAGACAACGAUUACUGUGUCUGUCAGACCCCCUGCAACAUGACUCGCUAUGGCAAGGAGCUGUCCAUGGUUAAGAUCCCCAGUAAGGCAUCUGCUAAAUAUCUGGCUAAGAAAUUCAACAAAACUGAGCAAUAUAUUGGAGAAAAUAUAUUGGUCUUGGACAUCUUCUUUGAAGCUCUGAAUUACGAGAAGAUUGAGCAGAAGAAGGCCUAUGAAAUUGCAGGGCUUCUCGGUGACAUUGGAGGUCAGAUGGGGCUGUUUAUUGGAGCCAGUGUUUUAACAAUACUGGAAAUAUUUGACUACCUAUAUGAGGUGUUUAAGGAUAAGGUUUUGGGUUACUUCAUACGCAAGAAACGACCACAGCGUUGUCAGAGCGACAAUCUGGAGUUUCCAGAGAACCCAACCAGCCCUGGUGUCACGCCUAAUCAUGCCCCCAGAGCACCUGUGACACCCUCCGGAGUCACUCGGACAGUCUCGGAUUCACGCCGAACAUGUUACCUCGUCACCCGACUCUAG